AUGGGCAAAAGUAAUUCACUUUGUGAUGAUGGUAAGUCACAUUUGGAAAUGGACUGGGAUGGCUUACCCAAUGCAUACCAGUGCAAUAAACCAUCAGAUGAAUGGCUUAAAAGUCUAGCAAAUAUAACUGCAUUGGAGAAAUGCUAUGAAAUUAAUAGCACUUACACACCGACUCAUCACUGUAUGACUGAUCCAAUUAUAUAUGAUAAUGUACUGCCAACUCACCAUGAUCAUCGGCCGGUAUGGCCUAAAUAUGGUGAAUACCUGUAUGUGCCACCACAGAGAUGGUUGCAUAAUAUAGAGCAUGGUGCAAUUGUCAUGCACUAUCAUCCCUGUGCUGAUAAAAAUCAAGUGGACAUAUUGAAAAAACUAGUGGUUAAAUGUCUACGCAAACACAUAAUUACCGCCAAUAUUUUAUUGGACGAAACCCGACCCCUGGCACUGGUUGCUUGGGGUUGUCGACUAACCAUGAAUACAGUUGAUAACAAUACUGUCAUAGCUUUUAUCAAAAAACAUGCAUUAAAUGGUCCGGAAGGUCAUUACGAUAAAGAGGGUGACUAUAGUGAGGCACUAAUCAAAUUAGCUGAACCACCACUUGGGUCAGACUAUCAUGAUUCACAUGUCUGUCCAAAUUAA